AUGUCACGCUCUGUCAAUGAGAUUAUAACAGAUUUAACAAGAUUUAAUCCACGAACAGCUACAGCACAACAUCGUUUGUCACAUGAUUGUUAUAUGAUAUUAGUUGGAUAUGUACAAGAUAAAAAACAACUAGCCAAAUUGAAAAAUAUGAUUGAAUCUCUUGGAGAAACAACUGAAGGUGAAUAUGGGGCUGCUGCAAGUAUUGGUAUCAUGGAGUGUGAAAACGUGGAAUUCAUACUUGAACAUAUAACAUUGCAACACAAUUCCGAAGAACUUCUAGAUGCACGUAAUGAACAUUUCGUAUAUGAAGACAAUUUUAAUAGUGCUCUCUCUAGUUUCAUAGCAGAAACAGCGUCAUUACAAAAACUUGUUAAAAUAUGCCGCUACUAUGAAAACAGACGAGGAAUAAACGUCGAUAAUGUGAUCGCAGAACAUAAUGCGCGUGCCACUAGUUCGAGUUCAUAUUUCGUGGAGAAAGGUUUAUCUCAAAAUGAAGCUCUAGCAGCAGCCUUUGCGGUUUCGUUCUACACUGGAUCAAAAAGUGAAGCAUGUAGUCGAGGUGCUAGUCUAAUUGCACGACAAAGUAAUGGAGUAGUUAUCGAUGAUAAAACAGUGCAAGAAUUGAGUGAAGCAUCGAUUAUUCUCUACUAUUUAGUCAAAGCUCUUUCACAUAUACCGUAUUAUUGGGGUUACGUAACGCGAGCUUGUGAAUUGAAAGACGACGAAUUGAAACUUUACACAGCCGGCGCUUUGAUAACAUGGAUUCAAUUUAGUAGUUCAAAGAAAGGCAAAAAAGUAGCUACUAACGCUGAUUUUUCUGGUCGAAAUACGUUUUUCAAAAUAUAUUCAUUGACUGGUCGUCCGAUUCAACAAUUUUCAAAUUAUCCAGAAGAAGACGAAGUUUUAUUUUUACCUCAUUCAACAUUUCUCGUUUUCAAACAUACGAUUAGUCAUCAUGGUAGCCAACAUACGAUUUACAUGCGUCAAGUUGAGUUAGGUCUGUCUGCAUGGUCUGUACUAUGGGUUGACGAUAAUAUUUUUAAUUCUAAAUGGGAAAAUAAAGCACACAUGGAAUAUGCAGCGGCUAAAGAAUUGAACAAGAAUGUACAUUUCAUUCCUAAAUCAUCAACUGAAAAUGCUCUAUCGUUUCUUCGAUCACCAUUUGGACAAAUUCUCAAAAAUCGAGCUACAUUUCGUAUUGUUACCGAUAUGCACCGUGACAAUGAACAGUCACGUCAUAAUGCUGGUUCACGUUUAAUUAAAGGAUUAAGAGAACUCGGAUUUCAAAAUUCGUGUUUUGUAUUCACAAUGCAAAAAGAUAGAUGUGAUGAAAUUUUGCAAAAUGAAUUGAGCGAGCGAGAACGACGAAAUGUAACGGUAUCGGUUGACACACGUGAUUUAAGAAAGUUUGUCAAUUUUGAAUGA